AUGAUAAAUCCAAGUGUCUUAGACCUUACUUUAGCCACAGAUUCAGUAUCUCCCUAUAUCACUGAUUGGCAAGUCCUCCCUGAUCUUGGAUCAGACCACUUAAGCAUUCUCUUUGAAGUAAAGGGCACUUUAUCCCGUACAACGAAUAUAGCUCAGCCAGCAAGAUUCAACACAAAACUUGCGGAUUGGGAAAAAUUCGCGAAUACCCUCAAAUCGAAAAUAUCGAUAUCAACCACCUUAAAUUCGAGUGAAUACCUUAAUAUUGCUACCUCAGAAUCCAACUCUCUUGAUUCCCUUCUCGACAAGAGCCAAUACAUACAAGUAUUGGAUGAUGCUGCAAAAGAAUUCACCCAAAUAAUCACUUAUUCGGCUGAAACCAGUAUACCGAGAAUCAAGUCCACAAAAAGAGCUAAACCCUGGUGGUCCCCAGAGCUGAAAGCCCUUCGAAAACGACUCUCUAAUGCAUUUGAGAACGCCAAACUUUACCCGGAAGACGAUAUGUUCAAGAAAAUCUAUCAAUCGACCCUAUUUUCUCCUCCUCCAUUCACCCCACCGCCCAAUUGGGAAAGCUAUAAACAAUCUAAGAAAUGGGAAUGGCCUGAUCUCACAGAGAGCGAACUCCUAAACGCGUGCUCUGCAAAAAUCAAAGGAAAGACCCCUGGCCCCGAUGGGAUCACUCAAGAUAUCAUUAUUCAAGCGUACAAAGCAAUACCAAAAGCAUUCUUCACCCUCUUCAGUCAUCUUAUCAACCUUGGUUACCAUCCUUCUUGCUGGAAACAAGCCACUGGAGCGAUACUCAAGAAACCUUCAAAACCAGACUACUCGGCCCCAAAAGCUUAUAGAGUUAUCGCCCUACUAAAUUGCCUUGGCAAAAUAAGUGAAAGAAUUCUAGCUCAAAGGCUUAGCUACUUAGCGGAGACUACGCAAUUACUUCAUUACUCUCAAAUGGGUGGAAGACAAAAGAAAUCAGCCAUCGACACAGCAAUCUUACUCACUACCGAAAUCGAAAGAAAUUCAAGAUCCAAGAAGAAAACCUCAACUCUCUUCCUGGAUGUUAAAGGCGCCUUUGAUCAUGUAUCUAUGAACAAAUUAUUAGAUAUCUGCAAGAACCUAAACCUCCCAACCAGCCUAAUCGCCUGGAUCUCAUCUUUUUUGAAGGAAAGGCUACUCAAGCUCUCAUUCGAUGGCCAAAUUGAAACCUUCAAACCGCUCAAUACCGGGAUCCCCCAAGGCAGCCCUAUUUCGCCAAUCCUCUUCUUAAUUUAUAUUCGAGAUCUAUUCUCAGCAAAUUCGAUCAAAUAUCUCUCAUAUAUAGAUGAUAUAGCUUUAACAACAUUUUCAACAUCCUGGAAAAAGAACAUCAUCUCUCUCGAAAGAGCAACUAAACAGAUAUAUGCUCUAGGCAAAGAAAAUGCUAUUCAAUUUGAUCUAGCGAAGACAGAACUAAUACACUUCUCUACAUCCAAAGAUACGAAGACAGCCUCAAUCAAGCUUCCGAACGAGGAGAUAAUUCAACCCUCAACACUAGUCAGAUGGCUAGGCAUAUGGUUCGACCCUGGCCUCAGUUUCAAACAACAUGUCACAAUCCGAGCUACCCAGGCUAAAACCUCAUUCUACCGAAUGGCUAGACUUGCUAAUUCUGAAAAAGGCCUUAGUCCCAAGGCAAUGAGACAGCUCUAUAUGGCAUGCGUCACCAGCAUAGCUGACUACGGUUCAAUUUUAUGGUGGAAAGGGCAAAACCAAUUCAAGAAAAUCCUUCAAUCCUUGCAAAACCUCGCCCUUCGAAAAAUUCUAGGAGUAUUCAAAACCUCACCAAUAAAACCAAUGGAAAUAGAAGCCGCAUUGUGCCCUCCAGAAGUACGGCUAAAUGCUGGAAUCAAACAAUACGCAUUUAGAUUAUUGAAAAUCUCGCCUUCUCAUCCUGUUGGGUUUCUUAAGACCAGAAAGAGUAUCAGAUUGAAUUGA